AUGGGUAGAUACAUAAUAUUGGAUACAGGUGCAAUAUUGCGAUUAGGGAAGCAUGAUUUUAUGGACGAUGUUUUGUUGACAGUUCCUUCAGUAAUACGAGAGGUAAGGGAUAAAACAGCAAUAGAGAAGAUGUUUUAUUUACAGGAUAGAAUUCAAGUAAUGGAGCCUUCUGAGCAGGAUUGUGGUUUUGUAAAGAAAUUCUCCAAGGAGACUGGAGAUUUUGGUUUUCUUUCAGAGACGGACUUUCAGGUGAUUGCCUUAACCCUAAAUUACCACAAAAAACAUGAUGAGAUUUCAAAACUCAAUAGAAAGCCUAAGCAGAUAAGUUUUAUCACUAAAGCUGAAGAAGAGGUAAAGUGUGAAGAGGAAAUAAAUCGAGUGGAUGAGGACUUACAUGAGGUAGAUACAGAGACUGAUGAGCAGAAUGAACAAAGUACAGAGGAUGGAGAAGGCUGGGAAACGGUUUCAGGACAAAACGGUGGAAAAGAAGAAAGCCAAUCGGAAAAUGAAGCUUCCAAGACUCUGGAAGAUGAUGUAUUUUCUGGAGGUUGGAUUACCAAGUCAAACAUUACCAGUGUUAUGGGUGGCUUAUCAUCAGGAACCCAGAGUAACUUUGUGGUGGCAUGUAUGACUACUGACUAUUCUAUGCAAAAUGUACUGCUGCAGAUGGGUUUAAAUUUGAUAGAAAUACAUGGAUUAUCCGUAAAAACUAUUAAAAGGUGGGGGCUUCUUUGUUGUGGAUGUUAUACUUAUGAAAGGGAUACUAGCAGGAAGUUUUGUGGGAAAUGUGGAAAUGCCACUUUGGACAGAGUUCCAAUUAAAGUCUCCUCUGAUGGAACAAUUGAAUUAGACUGUUAUAGAAAGAAGGUCAAUUUAAGAGGGACUAUCUAUUCCAUUCCCAAACCUAAAAGAGGUGUCAAGAACCAAGAAAUCAUCUUGGCAGAGGAUCAAUUGAUGAUGGGAGGAAGGCAAAGGUUGUUAAAUCACCAAAAAAAGAAGUGGGAGAAGGCUUGCAAAGAAAGGGACCCUUUUUCCAACAACGGAGCUGACCUAGAAAGCAAUUGGGGAAAGCAGUUCGGUAGUUUCAAGUACCCUGAAAUCAAAAUUGGGAUGGGAAGAGGGAACCCAAAUUCGAAUAGUUGGCAGAAAAGGCAUAAUAGUAAGAAAAAAUGA